CUAAGAUGAAAUCUGGUGACAUUUACAGCUCGGAGAAUUAAAUUUUAUCAAGACGAACUGAAGAAACAGGGACAGUAACGUUUUCAUUUACUUUGACAUAUUUAAGUUUUGAAUUUAGUUUGGAGUAAGAUUUUUUACUGGGGGUCAGAGGGGCUGUUUAAAGAUAACCAACCAUAAUAAUAGAUGAAGUGAUGAUGUGGUUAGGGCGCUUCUAUUUCACCUGGCAACGACCAAUAGGCCUACUGUCCUCUGAUUGGCUGAUUGGUCGAGGAUAUUUUCUGAUUGGUCGAUGGUGGAGAAGGUGGAGAAACUAAUAUCUUUUAAAGCCUAUUUGCAGCGAGUUUCAUCAUUCUUCGGCGUGAGAAAUGUUUUGUGUGGCAGCUGAACUUAUUGAACUUAUUGAACUUAUUGAAAUGUCUCAUGCUGCGUGAAACUUGAAAGUCCUGCUUCAACACAUUUAAACUGCUACGUCCGUAAUGUCAGUAGCAGCGUGACCAGCUACCGUAAUAACUGUCGCUGUCGUCUGGGCGCAGCAUUUUUUUCUCACUCGUAAAACGCUAAAAUCGGGGACAGCUUUAGACGGGGGACAGGUCCAAAACGGGGACUGUCCUCAGAAAAUGGGGACUUAGUCAUCCUAAAAAACCCACAGAACUAGGAGGGCACCUUUUAGUUCUUCUGUGUUUCCAUGGUCUUUUUGUUCUGCCACAAAAUUAACAUGUUUACCACCUGUCACAGUGUUGCAUUCGCACCGUGUGCGGUCGGAAACAGUGUCUCGCGACGCUGUGUAAUCGAAUACACCGGUGUGCCGGUAUUUUAAAAAUUCAUACCAUGAUGAAGAUAAAUAGCGAUAUUCAGUAUGAACCGGAGUAACGUCCAGCCCUAGCUGUGGUGUAAAAGCCCAGUUUGUGUUCCUGUAAAUGCUCUGGAUGCAGCCAGUCGUUAUUCUGACUUCGGUCUUUCAUCUAAAAUUUAGUGAAGCUGCACAGAAACAACUCUUUUUAUUUUUUUUUAUCCUUUGUUUUUUUAAAAUAUUCAUUUUCCGACCUUUACUUGAGUCGGCUGUCGUUUCAAAGCACAACCAGCUCGUAUGUCUUCUUUGAAAGCACUCGUGUUGUUGCAGCUCUGUGUUUGACCCGGUGAGUCACGGUCCAUUUCCCUCCAGACGGCUACGAGGCCACCAGGUAGGAAAGAUGCUGCAUGGAUCCUCCUGCUGCUGCUGCUGCUGCUGUCACUAAUGUGCACGGAUGGUACCGAGGAUUCUCAACCAGGAAGCCCAACGUCAAGGGGGUUUUUCCUGCCAGCUACGUCCACUUGAAGAAAGCUGUGGUCACCAACCGAGGGCCUCAGGAGACGGUGGUUCCUCUGGAAGACCCCAUCAUUACCGAGGUCACAUCAACGCUGCAGGAGUGGGCGUUACUGUGGAAGCAGCUCUACGUGAAACAUAAGGUGGAUCUGUUCUACAAGGUUCGUCACGUGAUGAUGGAGCUGAUCGACCUGAGGAGGCAGCUGUUGUCUGGUCACCUGACGAUGGACCAGAGCCGAGACGUCAAGAGACACAUCACGGUCCGACUGGACUGGGGCAACGAACACCUGGGUCUGGACCUGGUCCCGAGGAAGGAGUUUGAGAUGGUCAACGAAGACCAGAUCAGUGUGUCGGACCUUUACAAGAUGCAUCUGUCCAGCAGACACAGCGUUCAGCAGAGCACCACUCAGGGCGACGGUACCCGGCAGCGACACGGGGAGCCUUGUCGAGUUCCGGUACCACACCACCUACUGGUCAACCUGAAGAGCUUCACCUACAACAGCAUCGGAGAGGACACGGACAUCUUCUUCUCUCUGUACGACCUGAGAGAGGCCAAGACCAUCAGUGAGAGGUUCAUGGUGAGGCUGAACAAGAACGGAGGCCCGAAGAACCCGGAGAAGGUGGACCGGCUGUGUGCCCUCUUCACGGACCUGAGCAACAAAGACAUGAAGAGAGAUCUCUACAUUGUGUCACAAGUGAUUCGAACAGGCCGCAUGCUGCUGAAUGACAGUAAGAAGGGUCCUCCUCACGUCCAGUACCGCCGACCGUACGGCUGCGCUGUCCUGGCCAUGAGCGACGUGCUGCAGACCAUCUCCGAGCUCAAAGAGGAGAAGGACUUUGUCCUGAAAGUCUACACGUGUAACAAUGAGAACGAGUGGUACCAGAUCCACGAGAACAUCAUCCGCAAGUCCAGCACCAAAUACACGGCCCCCAGCACCAACUACGGUCUGAUCAUCUCUCUCCAGCUGCUGAGGGGCGACAUGGACCAGGUCCGCAGGGAAAACCCUCUCAUUUUCAGCAGAGGAGUCGCCAUCACCCGUAAACUGGGCUUCCCAGACGUCAUCAUGCCUGGCGAUGUCCGUAACGACCUGUAUCUGACUCUGGAGCGAGGGGAGUUUGAGAGAGGAGGGAAGAGCGUUCAGAAGAACAUCGAGGUGACCAUCUACGUGCUGUACGCCGACGGGGAGGUCCUGAAGGACUGCAUCAGUUUGGGUUCGGGCGAGGCCAACGUACCGGAGCAUCGCUCCUUCGUUCUCUACCACAACAACAGCCCUCGGUGGGGGGAGGUGAUCAAGCUGCCGAUUCCCAUCGACCGCUUCAGAGGCUCCCACCUCCGCUUUGAGUUCAGACACUGCUCCACCAAGGACAAAGGAGAGAAAAAGCUGUUUGGAUUUGCCUUCACUCCUCUGAUGAGGGAGGAUGGAACCACUCUUUCUGAUGAGAGCCACGAGCUUUACGUCUACAAGUGUGAUGAGAACACCACCUUCAGUAACCACGCCCUCUACCUGGGCCUGCCCUGCUGUAAGGAGGACUUUAACAGCUGUCCCAGCAUCCCCUCCAGCCUCAUCUUCCAGCGCAGCACCAAGGAGACCUUCUGGAUCUGCACCCAGCUCUCCUCCACCAAGCUCACCCAGAACGUGGACCUCCUGGCCCUCCUGAAGUGGAAGGCCCACCCGGACCGAGUCAUGGACAUCCUGGGACGUCUUCGACACGUCAGCGGGGAGGAGAUAGUGAAGUUUCUCCAGGAUAUUCUGGACACUUUAUUCUCCAUCCUGGAUGACAACACAGACAAAUACGGCCCGUUGGUGUUCCAGUCUCUGGUGUUCAUUAUAAACCUCCUCAGGGACAGUAAGUACUACCACUUCAGGCCCGUGAUGGACACGUACAUUCAGAAGCACUUUGCUGGAGCGUUGGCCUACAAGGAGCUGAUCCGCUGUCUGAAGUGGUACAUGGACCGGUCUGCUGAGGUGGUGAGACAGGACCACAUACAGGAAGCCAUGAGGGCUCUGGAGUAUCUGUUCAAGUUUAUCGUCCAGUCUCGGAUCCUCUACUCUCGGGCCACGUGUGGGAUGGAGGAGGAGCAGUUUCGCACCAGCAUCCAGGAACUUUUCCAGUCCAUCCGCUUCGUCCUCAGCCUGGACAGUCGCAACUCCGAGACCCUCAUCUUCACCCAGGGCUCCCAGCCUUGUCCGGGCCCAAAUCAAGCCCCGGGCCCCGGCGCCGGGCCGGCCGCUCCCUUAGCACUAGCCCCUGUCCUGGGCCAAACCCAGCCCCCCGCCCCAGGACAGGGUCCGGGCUGCACUCAGGCCUGGAGCUCCAACGCUCUGCGGCCGUCUCCUCUGUCAGCCGCCCUGCUCAACUCGUUCCCGGCGAUCUUCGACGAGCUGCUGCAGAUGUUCACGGUGCAGGAAGUGGCUGAGUUUGUGCGCGGGACUCUGGGCAGCAUGCCGUCCACCGUGCACAUCGGACAGUCCAUGGACGUGGUCAAGCUGCAGUCCAUCGCUCGGACUGUGGACAGCCGGCUCUUCUCCUUCCCAGAGUCUCGGCGGAUCCUGCUUCCUGUCGUCCUGCAUCACAUCCACCUUCACCUGAGGCAGCAGAAGGAGCUGCUCAUCUGCUCUGGAAUCCUCAGCUCCAUAUUCUCCAUCAUCAAGACCAGCUCACUGGACACGUCCGUGCAGGAGGAGGUGGAGAUGAUGGUGGAGUCCCUGCUGGACGUCCUCCUGCAGACCCUGCUGUCAAUCAUGAGCAAGAGCCAAUCGCAGGAGGCGGUAAGGGGUCAACGCUGUCCGCAGUGCACCGCGGAGAUCACUGGGGAGUACGUCUCCUGCCUCCUGUCGCUUCUCCGCCAGAUGACAGACGUCCACUUCCAGCGGCUGAUGGAAAACUUCCAGAGCAAAGAGGAGCUGAAGGAGUUCUUGUUGAAGAUCUUAUGUGUGUUUAGAAACCUGAUGAAGCUCAGCAUUUUCCCACGAGACUGGAACGUCAUGAGACUCCUCACCAGCAACAUCAUCCUGACCACAGCUCAGUUCCUUUCUCCUGCUCUUCACAAGAACUUCACAGAGGCCGACUUUGACUUCAAGGUUUGGAACUCCUACUUCAGUCUGGCUGUGCUGUACAUCAACCAGCCCAGUUUACAGCUGGAAAACCUGAGUCCUGCCAAGAGGAAGAAGGUUCUGGAAAAGUACGGGGACAUGAGGGUGAUGAUGACUUAUGAGCUUUUCAGUAUGUGGCAGAAUCUGGGUGAGAAUAAGAUCCACUUCAUCCCCGGCAUGAUCGGCCCGUUCCUGGGAGUGACGCUCGUCCCUCAGGUCGAGGUCCGAAACAUUAUGAUCCCGAUCUUCCACGACAUGAUGGACUGGGAGCAGCGCAAGAACGGAAACUUCAAACAGGUGGAGGCUGAGCUCAUUGAUAAACUGGACAGUUUGGUGUCUGAGGGAAAAGGGGACGAGAACUACAGGGAACUCUUCGGUUUGCUAACCCAGCUGUUUGGGCCCUACCCCAGCCUGCUGGAGAAGAUCGAGCAGGAGACGUGGAGAGAGACGGGGAUUUCUUUCGUUACGUCUGUCACGAGGCUGAUGGAGCGACUGCUGGACUACAGGGACUGCAUGAAGGGAGACGAGACAGAAAACAAGAAGAUCGGCUGCACCGUGAACCUGCUGAACUUCUACAAGUCAGAGAUCAACAAGGAGGAGAUGUACAUCCGCUACAUCCACAAGCUGUGUGACAUGCACCUGCAGGCUGAGAACUACACAGAGGCUGCCUUCACCCUGCUGUUGUACUGGGAGCUGCUUCACUGGGACGAGCGGUUCCUUCAUUACCUGCUCAACGAGUAGUGUCUCUGCCAGUAUCACUGUUUCAACAGGAGUGGCACCUGUUGGGAGUACGGUAUUCCUCUGUGCCGGGAGCUGGCCUUUCAGUACGAGUCCCUGUACGACUACCAGAGUCUCAGCUGGAUACGGAAAAUGGAGGCGGCGUAUUAUGACAACAUCAUGGAGCAGCAGCGUCUGGAGCCCGAGUUCUUCAGGGUGGGAUUCUACGGCAGGAAGUUCCCUUUCUUCCUCAGGAAUAAAGAGUUCGUCUGCCGAGGCCACGACUACGAGCGGUUAGAGGCCUUCCAGCAAAGGAUGCUGGGAGAAUUCCCCCAAGCCAUCGCGAUGCAGCACCCGAACCAGCCGGACGAGGCCAUUCUGCAGUGUGACGCCCAGUACCUCCAGAUCUACGCCGUCACGCCCGUCCCAGACAGCAUCAGCGUCCUCCAGAUGGACCGGGUACCGGACCGCAUCAAGAGCUUCUACCGGGUCAACAACGUUCGGCGGUUCCGUUACGACCGACCCUUCCACAAAGGACCCAAAGACAGAGACAACGAGUUCAAGAGUUUGUGGAUCGAGAGGACGACUCUGAUCCUCACCCACCCUCUGCCGGGGAUUUCACGCUGGUUUGAGGUGGAGAAGAGAGAACUGGUGGAGGUGAGUCCGUUAGAAAACGCCAUCUCCGUGGUGGAGAACAAGAACCAGGAGCUGCGGACGCUGAUCAGCCAGUACCAACACAAGCAGCUGCACGGCAACAUCAACCUGCUGAGCAUGACGCUGAACGGGGUCAUCGACGCCGCCGUCAACGGAGGCAUCGCCAGAUACCAGGAGGCGUUCUUUGAUAAGGAGUACAUCACCAGCCACCCUGAAGACACGGAGAAGAUCACACAGCUCAAAGACCUGAUGCAGGAGCAGGUUCACAUCCUGGGCGUCGGCUUGGCCGUGCACGAGAAGCUGGUUCACCCGGAGAUGCGUCCCCUGCACAAGAAGCUGAUCGACCAGUUCCAGAUGAUGAGGACGAGCCUCUGUCAUGGUCUUCCUGGUUUAGACAAAGUCGGAGUGAGCGCUGCCCGAGGGAUCCUGGCCUCUCACAGCCCCAUGAGCCCCGAGAGCUUCAAGCUGAUCCACCGACACAGUCCCAUAGCUGUUCUGACUCCGGUUCGAAACUCCUCCUCCUCUCUGUCCUCUCAUAACUCCAGUGAGCUUGGGAACGUUGGGAAUCUUCUGAUCCUGGCUGACGGUGUGGUGGUGGAGCACCCUGAGGACUUCUACCGCAUGCAGGCAAGCCCCUCCUCCUCCAGCCUUAGCUCCACCCACUCAGCGCCCUCUCAGAUGAUAAACUCCGCCCCCUCCACUAUCAGAGUCGGCUCUCCGUCUCUGCCGGACAAAUACAGACACAACCGGGAGAUGCUGAUGCUGCUGCCUCCUCACAGGGAGAGGCCGAGCAGCGCCAUGUACUCCAACAUCACCGAGAACGGCCAGCCGACAAACUUCCAGCGCGCUCUGUUCCACCAGGUGAUCGGUCCGUGUAAACCCUGCAGCGACCCCAACCUGUCCGUGGCCGAGAAAGUCCUCACCACUCCCAGCAGCUGGAGUUUGGACAGCGGCACCAGGGACGUCCUCCCCUUCCUGUCAGCCCACGUUGGCAGCGUCAUGGCGCCUCCCGUCCCUCCUCGCAACCCCCCCCACGGGCAACACCUGUCGAUGCACUUUGAUGCUUUCCACCACCAGGUCAGCGACUUCCCUCCAGCUCUCCCUGCGCGCUCCUUAAGAAAGUCCCCCCUCCAUCCUAUACCUGCCUCACCCACCAGUCCUCAGUCCAUCCUGGAUGGCAGUAACUCCACGUUAUCAGGCAGCGCCAGCUCUGGAGUCUCCUCCCUCAGUGAGAGUAACUUCGGGGCCUCCUCCUCCUCCGACCCCCCCGCCAGCCGCACGGACACCCUGGAGUCGGCCCCCAGCAGCCAGACCUGGACCACGGACCCGGAGGACCUGGACUCGCUCUACCAGCCCGUCAGGUACAGCGUCUCCGAGCCCGAUGUCCUGGACGGGGUCAAACCCCCCCCCUGCCGCAGCCACUCCGCCCCGGGGGGCGUCGCCCCGGCGCAGGCGGGGGGGCCAGUCCAGCCAGCCCAGGUUUCAGGUCCUUCCUCCUCCUCCUCCUCCUCCUCCGGAGCUCCGCAGCAGGACGGGCUGCCCCCCCAGCAGCAACACCUCUACUACCACCUCCCCCACUUCCACCCCCACUACCUCCCCCACCACCCGCCCCUCUACCACCUGCACGAGCCCCCAGCCCUGCCCCCCAAACCCUACCUCAGAGAGGGCUGCAUCCCGGAGGAGGACGCCGCGCCGCCCCCACCCGCCCCCCGCCCCAUGCCGCGCAAGAUCUCCCAGCCCCUCAUCGCAGCCACCAAGGAGGAGCAGGCCAAGGUGGCGUGGGAGCACGGCGUCAGCGAGUAGAAGAAGAAGAGAUCCCCCCCCUCCUCCUCCCCCCGGCGUCCGGCUCCAACAACCAAACAAUCACCUUCACCCGAGCUCAUCGGCCCCGUUAAACCCAGCUCAGCUGUUAAUCCUGGUUUUAUUUUAGUCAAACCUCUUUAUUUAAUUCCUUCACUCUGAAGAGUUUAACACGAGCUGCACUUUAUCAAAGCACCAAAUCACGUACGACUACGAAUCAGACAAACGUCACAUUUCUGUCAAACUGUGAACUCAGACACAGACGCUGGUCAGACGGAAGCCGCCAUCACCUCCUCCUCCUCCUCCUCCUCCUCCUCCUCCUGGUUCAGGACGGAGCUAAAAAAAAAAAUAAAAAAUUAACAGUAUUUAUAUUUUCCAACGGGAGCAUCAGAGUGUGUAGAUACGUGUAAUACAGCAUAUACGAGUAUAUAAAUAUGAUUUCUAUUUAAUCCUUCUAGUUUGGACUGAAGUGACACGUGAGCGUGAAGCAGAGGAAGAACCUGUAAAUAUGAGCGAGGCCUCGGUGGAUUUAUAGAAACAUUAACAGAAUAAAUAUACACUUUUUUGCCGUUUUCUAUGAGAGUACUGAACUGUAUUGACUGUACGUUUUAUAAUCUACAGGCUACUGUUUUGUACGCAUGCUGGAACAGGCUGGAGGAGAACUGCACCCAUGUCUUAGUUUAGGGAACCACUAAAACGUACUGUGAAGGGUCAUUCUUUUCUGUUUUUGUUUCAGCAUGUUCCAUCUCUCCUGGUUUGAGUCUUUUCACAUGUUCCUCGUUUUGUGCAGCGUUUCGUUGUGUUUGUGUGCGCAGGGGAAGUUCUGUUAGUUUGUUGAAUCGGCCACAGAAAGUAGUUCCCAUCAGGACGGAUGAGGUUCAGGCGUGAGCUCCGUGUUACAUGUUACAUGUUUGUGAAGCGUCAUGGACACGUUCGUUUUCUGCAGCGUCAGGAUUUGUUGUUGGGUUUGUGUUUUUUUUUGGUGUGAAUCAGAGUUGAGGAUCAUCAGAGGCUGGUUGAGUCACUGAGGAACCAGCUGUUUUUUUAUCAUGUGACCCGGACGUGAAGAAGAUGUGAAACCUGCAGCUCGCUCCGGUUCUGCAACGUUCACUCACUCACUGAAUUACUUCUGAUUUACGAGUCCUGCUCUGAAUCCUCACGGAGCUUCAGGACGGAUGAACAAGCAUCGCAACGCAAAUCAUCUUUUUAAAGAACAAACACAUUACUUUCUUAAUCCGCUGACUUCGUUUAUCCUUCAUGAUCUCACACAAGGAAGAAAAACGUUCGCUGGAAACAAAUACAAAAUGCACAAGUAAUAAUGAAAGUAAUGAUUCACCCACAUGUGAUGUUUUUGUUCUUUUGGUUCGGGGAUGAAGCAGGAUGUGACACAUCUUCUGUGUUUGACCUCUAUCUAUCUAUUUACAUCCUGUUUUGCCAAAUAAAUCCUGAAGGUGGCGCUCUGCUGUAAAGAUCCUGAUUACAUUUAAGUUUCUAGAGAAAAGUCUAUUCAGCACAGGAGAGAAAACCUUCAUCUGGACUCAAACAGGGAGGAACGUGAUGAUGAAACCUGUGGAGGAGGCAGCUCGUUAGUCACAGAAAAACUAUGCAACUAAAAUAAAAGCUGAACGUGGCGGUUAAAUCCUCACAGUCACUUCCUGUUUGCUUCUGGGUUUAAAAGCAAACGGGUCCUGGUGGGUCCUGGUGGGUCCUGACUGAUCCUGGUGGGUCCUGACUGAUCCUGGUGGGUCCUGGUGGGUCCUGGUGGGUUUGGGUGAGGUGAGGAGGAGGAGGAGGUGCUGGGUUUUCAGGCAGCAGACUGUGUGAACAGAUUACUUCAGGGCAGCUGACCGUCUUUGUUUCAUUUUCUUCUGGUUGUGUGUGUGUGUGGCUUCAGACCCGGGUGCAGAACUAGAGCGACGCCUUCCUCCGUUCGCAUGGCUGUAAACUGUGACUGUGCUACUGUAAAUACUGUCCACUGGUUUCCUACUCACUGAACUGAACUGCUGUGUUGUGGAUUCAUGAUUAUUGACCAACAUUAAAACGCUUCUUCCUCUUUUACUGACUCAAA